CAAAAGUAAAUUAAAGUUUAAAACUAAAAAUAUAUUUUAAAGAAAGAAAGUAUAACAAUAAACAAAAACCUCAACUGAUUUUCAGUCAAAUAAAAAGUGGGUGCAACUUCAAAGUUUCUAUUAGUUAAUAAUAUAAUUUCACCUACAAAGUGUAAUUAAGGAAAAAACAAUGAACGAAAUCAUACGAUAAAGUACAGAUUACGAAACCAAAUAAGUACACAAAAUUUUAAAUUAAAAUAAGGCCUAAAUGAAAAUUAUAUUUUGCAGAAACUAUGACAAGUUAUUAAGUGGGAGUGACCACAGAAAAUCAAGUUUGAAAGAUUCAUUUACCAGAAACUAAAUCUGAAAACCGCCUUAAAAUACAAUAAACUUACUGCCAAAACCAUGGCUUCGAUAGAGGAGCGUUUCAAUGCAGCCGUCAAUGUGAUUAAGGGUUUGCCUAAAAAUGGUCCAUAUCAACCUAGCACCGCCAUGAUGCUCAAAUUUUACGGUUAUUAUAAGCAAGCAACAGAAGGUCCAUGCCAUCAAAAGCGUCCUGGCUUUUGGGAUGUUGUUGGUAAAGCGAAAUGGGAUGCCUGGAAUGAUAAUCGUCAUCUGACAAAACAACAAGCAAUGGAACGUUAUGUAGAAAAUUUACGUGAAAUUAUUGAAACAAUGUCAUUUACGGAAAAUGUUCAAAAUUUCGUUGGUAGCAUUAGUGGUUUGGAUAACAUAAAUUUAGAUGAAUUGGACAUGGUUGCGCCGGGUAUGCGUGAGUUGGCCGAAUCACACCCAAAUUCACCGUUCAAUUCACGUACAAACAGUCCACAACAUGGCGCAAGCAUAAAUGGUAGCAGUGGGGAGGAAGAUGAUCUACCCACCAAUACACCUAUGAAUGGUCAUGUCAGCAGACCAAAUAAUCUAAUUGGUAAUAACACAUUAGUGAAUGGCUCAGCUCAACACGUCGAAGACGAAGACGUCGCUGCUACAACGCAAUCCAAAUAUGCAGUUCCUUUAAUGCCAGAAGUUAAUACAAUUCAAACCAAUUACGCAAUGUCCAAUGGUACGAUUGAUCAAUCUGAUGAUGAAUAUGUCGAUCCAGUGGAUAUGACUAUGGACAUGACGGAAACAUUGCAACGAAACGGUGAAAUGCUUAAACAAAUUCAGGCAACCGUAUUGCGUAUGAACGCCGACUUAGUUGCGGUAAAUCAACGUAUGAAUGGCCUGGAAAAAACUUUAAAUGAUAUGCGUACUACUGUUGUGCAAAACACCAAAAGUGCACGAGCGUCACGCAGUUACCCAAAUUGGUGGCCAUUCGAAAAUAUUUCACCGCUUUGGUUUACAUUACUUGUGCUUUGGCCUUUCGUAGUUGGAAGGCUAUCACGAGCUGUAAUAGCUCCACGAAGGAAGUGAAAUUAUUUGUAACUGAAAUUUACUGGAGAUCAUUAUGAUCGAGUUAAGAUGACAAAAAACAUACGCAUAAGCUACUUAUUGAGGUCUUUCGCAGCUUUACAACAAGACGUACUACUACAGCAAUAAUAUUUUUAAUUCGAAUUUAUGUAGCCGCAAACAAGAUAUCGAGCAGUAACGGCGUUAUAAAUAAUUGGUGUUUGGUUUAUGUGAAGUAUAAUAGUUUAAAGCUAUAUUUAAUUUUUUUAUUAUACACCUUUAGCUAUUUUUUAUGUACAUUUGUACUUUUGUUAUACAUUCCCCUAGCGCAAUAUAUAAUAAAAAUAUCAAAAAAUAUAAUUUCUGUUUAUUAUAAGCAAGCAAACAUGUUUUGUAUUUUAAACAUUAAAAAGAAUUAAAUGUUAUUGUUUGGUAAAAGUUUUAAGCUUA